GCAGAGAAAGAAAGUAGGCUUUAUUAGCUAAAAUGUUUCCUCAGAAAACGUCAAUAUUGUUGAAGUUUCCUUCAUAGUUUAGCUAAAAUGUUUUCCCCCCUUCUCCCUCCCAUCUUUCCAAUUAAUGUUGGUGUUUCGCGUCACUUCCAUGGAUUAAAAACAUGUAGCAGCUCUUCCCAGAAUUAGAGCAUGCUUCUGCAAUUCUUCCGAGCUUGUUGUUUUCGUUGUGGGGGGAGAUGGUGAGUUGAUGAUAUUGAGCUAGGAGCUUAUAGCUUCAAUCUUUUCGUGCUUUAUAUCAGAAACAGGCUUUCUCCUUCUUGCUCUCUCGGAUAGCAGUUGUGCUUCAUGGAACUUCAAGGAGGACUACAGGGAGCGGAACUAAAAGAUGAGGAGAUCCCCUACAAUGGGCGAGACAUAUCUGACUUCAGAAAGAAGUGCACUCUUGGUAGUUUUCUUUCUUUUGAUUUCAUCAACGAGGAGAAUCAAAAUUGCAGGUAUUCAGCUAGAAAGAAACCUAGACAACACAAGGAACCAGUUAGGAAAAGCACUAGCUCUAAUAAGGAUCUGAUUAAUACUCUGCCCGAUGAAUGCAUCUUGGAGAUCUUCAGGUUUCUUCCAUCCUCCAGAGACCGCUGCUCUUGCGUUACAGUCUCGAAGAGAUGGCUUGCCUUACAGGCCACCAUGCGGAUUUCUGAGUUAAAAUCCGACCCAAAAUCCCGCAACAAUAAAAUCUCGGAAUGCUUGCAAGGAAAAAAUGCAAACGAUACACGAUUAGCUGCAAUAGCUGUAGGGACCUGCCUUCGUGGAGGUCUGAGUGAGCUUUGCAUCGAUGGAAGCUCUCCAAAUACUCAAGGGAUCACUGAUAUCGGCCUCGGAAUCAUCGCUCUGGCUUGCCCGGGCCUGAAAACACUGUCACUCUGGAACUGCACCAAGGUUGGAAACAAGGGAAUUGAAUCUAUUGCGAGAGGUUGCAAUUCACUCGAGAAGCUCGAUCUUGUCAACUUGCCAAUUGUGGAUGAUGGAUGUCUCCUCGCCAUUGCUAAGAACUGCCCCAGUAUAUCUUGUCUGGCCAUAGACUCAUGCCCACUUGUCGGAGACACGUCCCUUGAAGCUUUUGCAAGAUAUUCUUCCAAGAUUGAGUCUCUCUCUGUGUCCAAGUGUCCCCAAAUAAACGCCAGCGGAGUUAUUUUGAUCGUUUCGAGCUUGCCCAAGAUUUCAAAGCUUAAGCUUGUUUCCCUGACUCUGAGCGACAGCGUGCUUGAAGCUAUCGGAGGACAUGCAAAAUGUCUAAGUUGCAUUAUUCUUGACAACAUUUCAGGCAUCACUCAAGCGGGAUUUGGCUUGGUUGGAAUGCACAAGAAUUUGAACGUCUUUCUUUUGACACCUUGGUCCGGUUUAUUAAACAAAGCAAGUUCCAUGGCAAUUGGGGAUGAUGGGUUUAUGAUGAGCAGAUUGACGCAGAUAUCAGUCCGAAAGUGCAAUAGUUUAACCGACAAGGGUCUGAAAGAGUUGAGCAAGUCGACUUCACUGCUCGAGAGUCUGGUACUAGAGGAAUGCCGUUCCAUUACCUGGAAUGGUUUAAUUCAAGUGUUCAUAAAUUGCAGUGCGACGUUGAAGACAUUAUCAUUGGUAAGAUGCAGGGGAAUAGCAGAUGACAUUUCAAACUUGCAAAGAACUUGCCUUCCAAAAUAUCCUCGUUUGCAUUCUUUAACGCUGAAGAAAUGUCACAGGAUUGGAGACUUAUUCUUGGCAUGGAUAGGGCAUGCAUGCAUUCAAGUUAAGCAUCUCACCCUUGUGGGACUGAAGUUGAUCACAGACCAAGGGGUCAUUAACCUCAUCCAGACGCUCAACACAAACACAGUACACAGACUGGUGAGCGUGGAUAUGAGUGGGUCUUCUGGUAUUACGGAUUUGAGUGUCUACGCCAUAACUAGCAUAGUUGGAGAGAAGCUUCGAUGUUUGAUAUUAGACGGGUGUGAAAGAUUGAGCGACUUAAGCUUGAAGAUGAUAUCAGAACGCUGCCCAUGCUUGAUAGACCUGGGGCUGUCUAGGUGUUGCAUCAGUGAUGAUGGCAUAUUCUGCUUGACUUCUACACAGAUGCGGUGUUUAAAAGUGCUAUCUCUGGGUGGUUGUGUAGGUAUUACGGAUCGAUGCUUGAAUUACCUUCUGAUGAUCCGGGGGAGUUUGGUGGGACUGGAUCUUAAGCAUUGCCCCCAACUGACCAAGGAGGGGAUUGAUGCAAUAAGUGAGACGUUGUGGUGGUGUGAUUUGUUGCACUACUAGCGGCAUACGCAAUGCCGCAGUGCAAUUUUGGCAUAUCAUAUCCUCUUCAUCCACCUCCCGGCCAGCGGCCAUUUACAUUACUCAUGGGCUACAUGCAAGUUUUGGUCUCUCUCUCUCUCUCUCUUAGUGGGCCCCCAUUCCACGACCGCCUCUAAUGGGUUCCGUGCUUCAGCCCCUGCUUGGCAAGAGGUAAUCCAAUGAGUCAAAAAAAUACAGCAAAGUCGUCUGCAGUUCUACUCCCCCAUUGUCAACGAUAAUUUUGUUACCUCUACUGCCAAUCUGCCGUUUGCUCCGUCGGUUUACGUUUUGGGGAUGUUGCCGUGUUAAUAUGGGCUCUUUGAAUUUUUAGGCUGUUGUUGUCCUUAAAACCAGCGCCACCGGGUUCUAUCUCUAUGGUUUUCAUGGUUUUUAGAAAAUUAAGUCGUUCAUGAUUUCUUUC